AACUAAAACGUCAAGCAGAGAAGACUAUACGUACAGCGCGGCUUCGAAAAAGGCUAAGCGUGUUGCUGAAGACAUAGGACCGCCCUCAAGCUUUUGCAAAUGGGAGAAAUGCGAUCCAAUCAUUUUCAAUCACAGACCUCACAGUGCAGACAUUCCUGUCACACUGUACCAUGAAGUUUUUGCUCACUUUCAGGAAAAUUGCACUAGCUGUCUUAUUUCAAAAGAUGAUUGUGAUUCUGUUAUCGAACUCAUUGUGAAAAUGACAGCAGCUUUCAAAUUAGAGGAUGAUAGACGGAAACAGUUUUCGGAUUGGGCUUCUGAUUAUUUCGAACUUGACAUUACAAAAUUAGCUCUCCCAGGACCUCAUCAGGAAGCUGAUCUUUGGGCAGGUUUCUCAAGUGGCAAAAAUACUUUCAGUCUCUUAAUUGGGGAAAUGAAAAAUGAAAUUGGUGAAGGGAGCAGAUGUCCAUAUAUACAGGCUUGUGCCUCAUAUGCCAAACAAAUUGGUGCCAACGCAAACAGCACAAUACAAAAAAGUCUCAAUCCAGCUUUUAUUAUUUACAUAGCUGGCCCAUACCUUGGUGUUGCAGGAGCAGUUUUCGGCAAUGAUUUUACGAUGGAACCUCUCACUUCU